GAACAGAGUUCGCGCUUGUCUUCAGUUGCGUACGUAUCUAGCCGUCUUGUUUUCUCCUCGCCUCUCUUGUCUUCCCUUCUCCUACCCUCAAUGGCCAAGGGAAACCUCUCUUCUGGAGUAUUUCCUACGUAUAGUUCAAACCCAAACUCUUAGCUGCUUUCAUUCCAAUCCCUUCCUUUCCCACCUGAGACUGCCUCACGAUGCUCGAUCCGUUCCUCCCUCCGAUCCCAUGGCUCAAGGCACUUGUCCAGCCCGUAUGCGAUGCCCUCUCGCUACACACGCUGCCCCUCCACAUCCACGAGAUCCUGUACGCAUGCGCUCUCUACCACUUUAUAUUUGCAUAUCUUGCGCCGCCGUUGUCGAGCCUCCUACUUCCAAACAGCUACACAAAACUCUCUUACAAGAGCAAGCUUCGAUGGAACAUGCACUGUGCCUCCAUGGUCCAGAGUGUGGCAAUCUCCAUACUAGCACCAUUGAUAAUGAUGAUUGAUAAAGAAAGAAAGAGCAUGAACCUCGAGGAGAGGAUGUGGGGCUACACAGGAGCGGCAGGCCUUGUGCAAGCUCUCGCAACUGGAUGGUUCCUUUUCGACCUGAUUGUCAUGAUUCGCUACCUCGAUGUAUUUGGCUUGGGCAUGUUGGCUCACGCCUCGAGUUGCCUUUUGACGUACACUCUUGGAUUUCGGCCAAUUUUCAACUACUAUGGAUGUGUUUUUAUGUUAUAUGAGCUCUCAACACCAUUUUUGAAUAUUCAUUGGUUCUUCGACAAGCUUAGUAUGACUGGUACCAAGGCACAGCUUUAUGACGGCUUGACUCUUCUGGUCGUUUUCUUCAGCUGUCGGCUGGUCUGGGGAGCGUAUUCCUCUUUCAACAUCUACAGAGACGUCUGGAACGCGUUGAACCUAAGCAACAGCGCGAAGUUUGAGACCAACAGCGAGCUGAUGAGGUUUGGAAACGAUCGGUCACUACCGGUGUGGCUUGUCGUCCUCUACAUGGGAGGCCAUGUUAUACUCCAGGUGCUGAACGUCUUCUGGUUUGGUAAGAUGAUUGCAGCAGUCAGGAAAAGAUUCGUGAAGGUAGACAAGAAAGCGUGA